AUGGCUUCAGUGACUUCGUUGGACAAGGACUUGCGCAAUAUGCGCCUAUCCCGCUAUACCCCGCAGGCAGCCGCGGAGGUACGCGACUGGAUUGAGGAAGUGCUGCAUGAGAAACUGGCAUCGCCAGACUUGCUCGAAGGCCUGAAAGAUGGCGUUGCACUUUGCAAGCUGGUAAACCUUGCUGUGUCACCGGGCGUGAAGUAUAAGCAGUUGUCCGCGCCAUUCGUACAGAUGGAGAAUAUUUCGCAUUUCUUGCGCGCAUGUCAAUUGCCACCGCUCAACCUUCCCCCGCACGAUGUCUUCCUGACAGUUGAUCUCUACGAAGCAAAGGAUCCGGCGCAGGUUCUCCAGUGUCUGGCAGCGUUCAGUCGGCGGGCCAAUACCCUUGCGCCCAACAAGUUCCCCCGAACUGUUGGCCCACAGAGUAAGCGCGGUGUGGUCAGCCCAAAUGCGACGGGUUCCUCGAGCACCGGGGCAUACGCACCCCGGUCAACACGCUCCUCUAGCAACGUCGGGGAUGCAAGAGCCACCUUUCCCUCUCGAACAGACAGCCCUACGAAACCUUCCGGGUCAUACAGUACUUGGGCCAAGAAGGGAGAUGAGCAGGAUACCACGCCGGCUUGGAACAUUCACCAAUAUGGCUACAUUGGGGGAGCUAGCCAAGGGAAUCAAGGGAUUGCAUUUGGUGCUCGCCGACAGAUCACCACUCCUGGGCCUGCUGUACCAAGCCUUGCAGAGAAAGAGAAGCGUAAGCGCGAAGAGGAUGAACGGAUCCGUCAACAGAACGCAGAAAAGGAAGAGGCAGAGCGGACACUCCAGCAACAGGUUGCAGAAGUGGAAGCUCAUGCCAAGGCAGAAGAGGAGCGCCGGUGGGAAGAAGAGACUGCUCGUGUAAGGGAACAGGAACGUCUCAAGGUUGAAGCAGAAAAGAAGCGCUGGGACGAUGAAAAGCGUCAAUGGGAAGCAGAAGAGCAGCGACGUAUGGCGGAAGAAAAGGAAGCCGAGGACCGGUUUGAGCAGGAGCGACAACAGAGACGAAGCUUGAACGAUAACCGUCUCAAUGGUCAGUUCCUAAGCCAGUACCAGGCCUCUAACUCCCAGGUUGGUGAUGUCGCCGGAGCAAGGCCGGACGAGGAAACGGCCCAAAGCCGUCGCAUCAAAGAGCUCGAGCGUGAGCUACAGCUGGCAAAGGACCGGGAGCGCCAGUACGAAACUGAACGUCAGGAAGUCCAGCCUGGAAAGACUGGCGAUCAGCCUCAGGCUCCCAGUCAAAGUCGCCCUCGUCCCGUGCCCCCAAAACCUAGCUACGAUCUCUCUUCUCUCGAACAAGAACGGCGACUCCUCCGUACGGAGUGGCAGAAUACGCAGGAUAUGCCCGCUACUUCCGAGGCAGAGGAACCGGAACCCACCGAGGAGCAAGCACUAGCCCCGCCCCCUCGUCCCCUCCCAGUGCCAAAGCCAUCAUCUUCCUCUGCCACGCCGACGCUCCCUCCUAGGGACGUACCCGCCGCGCCCCGGCCCCUCCCAGACCCAGUAGCCUACAACGCCAACCGGGGCCACGCAAGCCGCGUGGACAAUUUCCUCUCCUCGAACCCAGCACCCGCAUCCCCAGCCCCAGCCGCCCACCGAUUCCAAGACUACACCUCGACCUCCGAAGUCGACGCCGAGAACAGCCGCCGCGCAGCCUCGCAGCAGAAGACCAAGGCCGGCGGCUGGGCAUCCAAGUCUCUUCUGGAACGAGAGAUGGAGCGUGAACGCGCGCGCCAGGAGGAGUGGGCAGAGAACCAGAAGCAGACGGCGGCUGCGGCAGGGCGUGGCGGCCAAGAUGGUACUCAGGGUUCGGGACCGGGCCAGUCUUGGGAUGUUCAUCAGUAUGGCUAUAUGGGUGGUGAUAAUCAGAACCGUGGCGGUGUUGGCCUUGGUGUUGGCGGUGCUAGGCGCCAGAUUAUUGGGCCCCGGCCGCCGCGGUAA